AUGCUACAAAAAAGAAUUAAUUUCGGAAGAAAAACACUUAAAAGUAAAAAAGGAUCAGCACUGAUUAAAAUGAAUCAGAUAAAGUUCAUAGCCACAGCCAAUUAUAAUAGAAAUUUUAAAAUAGAAUCCCUACUGGUCAAAGCUAAGGAGAGAGAUAAAGAACUUAAGUUAGAGAUAAAAGCUCAAAUAACUUUGAAAGAGACACUUUUCCUAAAUGAACAACAAAUCAAUGCAAAAUUAUUCAGAUCCUACUGGUGUUCUUAAUCCUUACAGUCUUAAUCAAGUCCUAGAUCAGAAAACGUCUUAAGGAAGUUUCUAAAAAAGACCGACUUCUUCCUCAUAAUCAUAAACUCAGUAAACUACUACUUAGCUACCUGA